AUGGACGACGAAGACAUCAUAGUUAUCGAUGAUAGCAUAUGCUCGCCACCAACACCUGCAAGAAGAAGCGCACCGCUGAGGGAAAUUGAGAUUCUUGAUGAGCCUGGACCGAGUACUUCGGGUGUGUCAAACAAAAGUGUAAAUCCUCCUUUGCAACCGGAAUCGUACACAAGCUUUGACAAACUUUUGGAAUUGGAGCAAUUGAUUGCUAGAGCUAAGGCAAACUCUGUUUUCGCAUUGCUUAGGCGUUCUCCGAAAAUGAUCUUACCUGUAAAAGAACAUGACGACGACGUUGCUAUGAUGCAAGAGAAAAUUCCAAAUAAGUUGGUUGAGGAAGAGGCGAGCGAGGUUUUAGUGAAGAAGAAAAGGAAGAAGGAACCAUCAGAGGCAAAGUUACUAAAGGAGCGUGAGAAAAAGCGAAAGGCUAUCGAACGAGAGAAAAAUGCUUCUGUUAACACCAAAUGCGAGCAAUAUAUGUAUUGUCAUGUUCCUCGACUUAUUUUUGAUACUUUUCCGGAGACCGAACUAAACACUCGGAUGGAGUUUUUGGAACGCAAUAUUCAAGACCAGUUGAUUUGUGAUGAGCAAAGAAGUAACGCGCAAAUUCUUUGGUACCGCAAGUGUAUCGAUGCAGAAGAGAAAGACGAUAAGAUAGAGAAACGAGAGUAUGAGGUACGAUUUGAAAAUAAAUGUUACGACUUCUUUACAUGUACUUCUUAUAAUGAACCUUUCAUGUUUUUACUUUUUGAAAAUUCUUCUUUCUCUUCUCGUUUAGACUCACCGCUUUCUUCGUUUUCGCUCCCAACCUUUUCUGUCAUUUAAUG